CUAAGGUAAUGUGAAUUGUGGAAACAUUUGGGGAGUUCGUAGCUAGCCGCCUUGGUGGCGCCAUCUCGCAGGGCAAAGUCUGCACUGUGCCGUACCGAAUCUCCUUUGCUUCGCGACAGAUGAUGUCGUAAUGGAGGCUUAGGAGCAAGUUAAAACAGCACACGCGUAGUAUUGUAAAUAAUCGUCUAACUGAUAACGUUCGACGGUCGCCGCUGCCUCGUGUUUCUGGCGAUUUAAGCCCAUCUCUGAGUUUUCAAGACAAUCUGCCGGUUAGAUUUAUGCUCGGGGUGCGGCUACCUCGUGGACGUCGGCGAGCAACCCAGGGUCUAUACCGGGUAUAAAUAUGGUAUGAAUUCGAGUUCUCGAAACCUGAAGGUUCAAAGAGCGCCUCUUGUGCCGCCGGAAAAAUUUCACCAUUUUUCCAUAGUGGGUAGUUACAUCAUCGACUAUCGUGGGUAGUAAUGCCCAGGAAGCACCGAUGAGAUGUGCAGGAGCAGGCUGCACGACAGGCCCGAAGAUGUCUGCGGUAGAGGCACCACAGUUCAUUCAAACCAUCGAGUGGGAUAUGAUGGACAAGUCCAAGUUUAUUCCACUGAGCAUGCUCUCCUCGUUCGCCGUUCGAUGCUGCCUCUAUCCAUUGACAGUGAUCAAAACUCGACUUCAAAUUCAGAGAAAGAAUCAUGCAUAUUCGGGUAUGAUGGAUGCGUACAAGAAAAUCCUUUUAGUAGAAGGAGUUCCAGGACUUUAUCGAGGCUUUUGGAUAAGCUCGGUACAAAUCGUGUCCGGAGUCUCCUACGUGUCGACGUACGAAGGAGUGCGAUGCUUCCUCACUCGAGAUCCCUUAACCGAGCACCUGGACCCACGAGUGAAAGCAUUGAUAGGAGGUGGUGCAGCGAGCUUAGUAGGACAAACCGUAGUCGUGCCCUUCGACGUCCUUAGUCAACAUUUAAUGGUCCUCGGAGUGCACACCAAGCAUGGAAAGCUCGCCGUAGACAAGAUGGGAAUGAACCCGCUGGGCUUGACUCUAGAACCUGGCAAGUCGAAGGCCCACAUAUCUGCGGAAAUAGUCAAAUCCAUCUAUCGCAGAGAUGGUCUGCGAGGAUUCUAUCGUGGCUACUUUGCAUCUAUUUGCGCCUACGUCCCCAAUAGUGCACUUUGGUGGAGCUUCUACACUGCCUAUCAAGAUGAGCUGCUGAAGAUACUUCCACCUUGGGUGUCGCAUCUACUGAUCCAAGCUGUUGCUGGGACUCUGGGAGGCUUCACGACGACGAUUUUAACGAAUCCUCUCGAUAUCGUUCGUGCCAGACUGCAGGUGCAGCGACUCGACGGCAUGUGUAGCGCCUUCAGAGUCCUCUGGUUAGAAGAGGGUCUUCGCAUAUUCACCAAAGGUCUUUCCGCGCGACUCAUGCAAUCCAUCUUCUUCAGCUUCUCGAUAAUCCUAGGCUACGAGACCAUUAAGCGAAUCAGUAUAAACGAGGAGCAUAAGAGAUACGUCAGAUGGUGAGUGAAUCCGCUUCACCGUCUCUCCUAUUAAGCCGCUAGGCUGUGAAAGAAACAUACAAAAGAGCACGAAAGACGAGGCGUAUACUUUAACGGGUCAACCGAAACUGUUUAGAAAACUGUAAAAGUGUUCAUUUUAACGCAAGUCGUUUCUUUCCGAACCGAUUCGGUAUCCUGGUUCGGAGGGAAUGCGUUUAUUAUCCGAAAAUCUCUUAAAUUCAAUGGAAAUAGGGUGUCUCUCCUCGGAGCCGAAGAGAAAUCCUGAAAUAAUUCUUCUCGGCUUCUGUACAUACGCGACACAUGCCCAGGUCGAAUCGAUCGUCCCGUACUUCCAGUACACUCGGCGAUGGUUCGAUUUUUCUAAGAUUUUAAUAGGCCGAUUCUAGUCGAUAGUGAUUUAGGUCUAUUGAACGACAGCGGUAAGGAACAGCAGGACCGUGGAAAAGAAAUAAAGAUAAGAAAACUAUGUAAGGGUUCCUUUUUGCAUCGCUAAGCAAUAUUUCCUACGUGACGUUUAAACAAUUUCUGCUCUCCCUUGGCGGACGUUCGCAUGUAUUGCCACCGUGGGUGGUAUGACACUUUUUACCGAGCGAUCGAACUGCUUCCUGGUACUCCGUUUAGUACCUUAAGGUGUCACGAAAGUGGUUCGGAGAAAAGUUUCAAGGAACCUCUUCGACGCCACUUUCGUGUCACCUUAAGAUUAGUCGCGUCGCGCUAGUCGAUCGUUUUCAUUUAGGCUCAUUAAUGCAUACAGCAAACAUACGUUUACCGGAGCACCAAAGAGGACCUCAUCUAAGUGUGUAAUGAACCGAAGAAAAAAUGAAUAUUAAGCAGAUACGCGUACAUAAUAUGCAUCCUUGGGGCCGGCCCCGGACUUUAGCUAGAGUUAUUUAAGUAUUCCGUCACCUAAGAUAACAACGCGGUCGCAUUUGCAAGGAGCAACAUUACCGUAACGCCAAUCGCUGUGACUGGUGCAAUAAUAAAAAAAAGAGAGGGCGGGAAAAUGGCCGCGCACGUGCCGCCAGUUACAAAGUGCCGCAAUCGACGACCGUGCGAUUUUUUUUCCCUCCCUCUUACUUUCUCUCUCUUCUUUUUUUUUUUUUACCGCGUGCCGCACCUCGUUCAUACGCGUCAGUCACGCGUGAUCCAAUUGCGGGUGCAUUCGAUGGAUGAGCGAAAGAGAAAAAGAGCGAGGGGAAAAAAAAAAAGGAAAAUUGCGAUGCAUGCGCCCGCAGCCGACAAAGUCUCGUGACAAAGGGCGCCUUCUCACGCGAGGGAAUGAUUACGCAUGUACCUCGACUGCACUUAAUUUUAAACCGCGUAACACGUUUCUGUACAAUUCUCGCUACGAAAGUCAGGAGAAACCCCGUUUCGUUCGUUUCACUACUUUUGACGAGUUCAAUAAAGAGUGAGAAGAAAAAAACAAAAAAAAAAAUGGAAGAGGCUUGUGGAAUCGAAA